AUGGGGUUCCUAGAUUGUGAAUUAGCCAAAAAGCUCCCUCCUAAUCAAUUAGUAUGUUGUAAUAAUUCUAACGAUCCAAGUAGCUCUUGCUCUACCGAUUUUUCUAAUUGUUUUGAGCCUAAGGAAUUAAUUAAAUGUUAUAAGAUAGAUAAUUUAGAAGCUUGCAGACGAACUGACGAUGUAGCUAAAACCGUUUGUCAGAACAAAGAUAGCUUAUACUGUUUGUGGGAUAGAGGAGGAACUAGUCAAAGAUUAUUAAGUAAAUACCCCCUUUUUUCCAAGGUAAUUAUUUGGCAGUUUAGUCGUAAUACUGAGGCUGAGUCUCGUAGUCGAACUAGAGCCAAGUAUAAUGAAACAACUCAAAAUUAUGAAACUUGGAUAAAUGAGGAUAACGAUAGUGGUGGAAGUGCGCGUAAAGAAGAGUCAGUGGCAGAAGUAUUUUGUAGUGACCUUUUCCAACCGCAAAUUGAUUGUAUGUGGGUUCCUCGUUUAUACUCUAAUAUUACUGUGCUUAACAGUGUUAGACCAACUAAAUUAUCUAACUUGGCUACAGUAAUUAGUACUCCCAUUGGAAUAAUUAUUGGGAUAUUAGGUUUAUUUACCACCCUAAGAUGUUUCAAGAGAAGAAAAGCCGAAGCUAAUUUUGGAUCAAAAGGAAUAGUAAAGCCGGAAGAUGUGGAAAAAGUUGAGGAAAAUUAA